AUGAAUGAUCUCGAGGCAAAUUAUGCAUCUGAAAAUAGCUAUUCAGUUUAUCAUCAUGGUAGCCCCCAGCAGACAUCAAAUUCAAAUGAGAGCCUGAAUGUUACAGACAAUAUAAAUCAAAAUGAUGAUUGUGAUAAAAAUCCAGAAGGAUUGAAUGAACCAAAACAUUUAACUGAACGUAAAAUGGAGGACGAGAUUUCCUGCUUUAACCCGACUAUACCAGAAGCAAUUUCGCCUUUAUGGACAUUCGGAUUUAAUCAGUCUGUUCCGCUCAUAAACCUGAGUGAUGAUCGAUCGAGCAUAGUCUUUUAUUCGUCAGCUCAUCUAUUGGUAUUAUUUGACAUAAAGAACAAUAGCCAGAAGAUUUUGAGGGGGCAUUGCAACGAAGUGACGAGCAUUGCAUGUAGCGGCGAUAAACGUUGGUUGGUUUCGGGUGAUCGUGGUAUUGAUAGUGCUGUCAUAGUAUGGGAUGUAAAAACUCGAGAAGCAGUUCGGACAAUCACCAAACCUCACAGCUAUGGUGUUAUAUCAGUUGCUCUAACCAAGGAUGCCCGUUACCUGGCUACAUUAGGCGCUGAUCCCAUUGACCAGAGUUUCUCUAUUUGGAACUGGACUACAGAAAGUAAUGUGCCACACUGCCAAGUGAAGAUAAGCGGCGAAAUGUCUUUUCAGACGAAAAUAACGUUCAAUCCGGAUAACUAUUAUCAUCUUUCCACGAAUGGAGAGCAUCAAGUCAUAUUUUAUUCGUGGAGCAAUCAAGAAAAAGAUAUGGUGGCCUAUGCCCCUUCCCUUAAAGAUGACGAUUUUAAACAGAAAGUUGGUCAGUUCUCUUUCACUCAGUACAUUCCUGAUAAAUUCAUUGCUAUAACUGGCACUUCAACCGGUCUCUUAGUUAUAUGGGAAUCAGACAAACAACCCGUUAAAGGCGAAAAUUCUGAAACACCCUAUAAACGGGCAACAAAAUUGAUACCAUUACAUCAGAAAGGAAUAACUUUUCUUACAACUACAGCUUGCCACCCUUAUGGGAAAUGUAUUGUUACUGGUGAUUCUGGUGGACAAGUGAAAUUUUUCGAUUGUAAUUUUAUGCUUUUAUUCUGGUAUCAAGAUCUUAAAUUUGGACCGGUGAAUUGUGUCAGUUUUUCUACAACUAGUCUUUUUACAGAAAAAAACCAAUCAAGUUUUACUGAAUCCAUCAAAGGAAAAGAUUAUCCUACUUGUGCAACAAUUGGUGCGGAACCAUUUAUUAUAGAAGAUUUUAUAGUUAGUACAUCAAGUGCUUUCAUGAUUUCUGUUACAGUUGAGGGUGGACUUAAAAAGAUAAUUUUAAGAGAACACGAUUCAGAUGUUAACGCGUUGACUACUCAUCCAGUAUUGAAUCAUGUAGCAACAUGCAGUCAUUCUGGACUUAUAAAAAUUUACGAUUAUGAAAGCAAAUUAGUUGUCACAAUGAAAAGUUUUGGCUUGAACGAUCCAAUUCAAAGUUGCGUAUACGAUAAGACUGGACAAUAUAUCGCUGUCGGUUUUAUGAGUGGAUAUUUACGUGUCCUAGACUCGUUAACGUUGAAUGAGAUGACUUCUGAACCAUUUACAUAUGGAAAAGGUCCUAUCACUCAUAUUGAUUUCUCAUACUGUAAUAAUUACUGCGCGUAUGCUGAUUCUGCAUUCACAACAACAUUACUAUUACGUUCCAACACUCAUGAAUGUGAAAAUUCAUGGUGCUACGUAGCACGAGUUCGUGCUCAUAAUCGUAGAAUUACAGACCUGCUAUUUUGGACACUGACCGAAUCCAAAAGAUCUCGCCUAUUCACAUUAAGUGAAGAUAGAACAUUGGCUGAAUAUGAUUUAUAUAAUGCAAAGAAACAUUCAUUACCAGUGAUAGCUCGUUACCAAGUUGAACAAUUAGCUAAACCAUUAUGUUUAAGUAUGCUACCAUUAUCAUGUUAUAAAGAAGAGUUCUUUUUUAUAUCAAAUUCUGCAUCUAAAAUAAAAUUAUAUAAUACUUCAACUUUAAUGUGUCGUAAGACUGUUAGUUCAUUCCCUCAAGGAAUUGAAUAUACAAAGGUUUUACCUCUGAUUUCUCAAAAAAAUAAUUCAAGUUAUUUUAUGGUAUGUCUUUCGAAAGAACGAUUGGGAUUAAUUAUGCUCCCAUUAGAUGGUGAUCCAUUGAAGUAUACUAAUAUUAUUGCACAUCCAAGUAAUGGUCGAGGUGUUGGACAAGCUCAAGGAUUAGCUAUUGAUAGAAAUGGUCUUUAUGCAUUUACAGCUGGUGGUCCAGAUACUUGUGUACACAUGUGGACAUUAAAUCCUAGUGUACUAGCAAAAACAGUCAAUAUAGCUGGUUGUAUGAAGAGAAGAUUUUAUGAUUUUCUAUCUAGAGAUUUUCUAGAAGAAAUGAAAGAUUACUUCUACUAUUCCAUGAUUAGAACACAAGGAAUUUGUUGUAUGGAUGAACGUAAAACAUCAUUCACGAUUCCGAUAACAGAAAUACCAUUUGUUAUGAGAGCAAUAGGUUUUUAUCCGACAGAAGCAGAGGUUGAAAAUAUGAUAAAUGAAAUCAAAUAUUCUAAAUUUUGUGAUACUGGGGAAUAUACAACAGAAAUUGAUUUGGACACAUUUAUUCAAUUAUAUUGUAAUCAUCGACCAUUCCAAGGUAUAUUAUAUAAAGAUGUUGAGAGUGCUUUUAACAUUUUAACAAAUGCAAAUAUUGGUAACAAAGAUAACUGUGCUGAAUUGUCGAAUUCUCAUGAAAGAAUAAUACAGGAAAAACCAACUAUUACAAUGGAAGAAUUAUUUCUUACUUUACAGAAUUCAGGCGAAGCAAUCGGAGAAGCUGAAAUGUCCGAGUACAUGGCAAUUCUUUGGGGUAUUUUACCAGAAGGUGAUCGCCAAGAAAUCUUGGAGGAAAUUGAUCCGAAGAAAAUUGAAAAAGAACUUGAAUCACGUAUGUCAACACCCAUAAAUGCUGAAACUUUUGUUAGUGAUAUCUUACAAAUGUAUGUAUACGGUGAAAAUAACCUUUCAGCCGAACACUCUAAAGAACUUUUAUCUAAAAAAAUACAACAAACUGACACAUCUCUUCUUGAUGAGUUAGUGUCAAAUGAAAAAUAUGCUGCUAACUCAACGCAAACAGAAUAA